UCAAUAAACAACACAAGAAGAAGAAGAAGAAGACACUCGAGCUCCUGCAGACUGUUGUUUAGAUGAAACUGAUGAAUUUAUCUCAAUGAAUCGUCAAAUAAUACUUUUUUAAACAUUAGUUCACAUGUUAACGCGUCUUUGAGCUUUAACAACUCACCGACCGAGCGUGUGUGAAUGAAUGAAGACAGUUUGAACAUCUGAUUCACAUUGAACACACACGAUUAGAGCUGAUAAUGUUCACAGAUAUGGACUGUGAGCUGCAGGAGGACAAACUGUGAAGAAAGAAGAAUAAGGUGGCAUAUAAAGAGGGAACAACUCCAAGUGUAACAGCUGAAGUCUAUUGACAUACUAUUGCAACAGUGAAGACAUGAGUGAUCUAAAACCAUGCAGAAUAAAAAUUGAAGAUACUGAGGAACAAAUAGACCUGAUGGAGGUGAAAGAGGAAAGUCAAGAACUAAAUGACAUAGAUCAGAAACACCAUCAGCAUCCUAAAUCUAAUAAUUCAAUAACUGAUGAAGAAUCUAAUAUUUGCUUAAAGAGUGAAAGGAUUUUCUCACAAAAAAGCACUCAAAGAACAAGAUCCAAAUAUUCUUUCAUCUGCCCUCACUGUGGAAAGAGACUCACAAAAAAAGCUGAUCUUAACAGGCACAUAAGAAUUCACACUGGAGAGAAACCUUUCACAUGCACUCAGUGUGGAAAGAGUUUCACAAGAAAUGGAAAUCUAAAGAUUCACCUGAGAAUUCACACUGGAGAGAAGCCUUUCCCAUGCACUCAGUGUGGAAAGAGUUUCACAAUAAAGAAAAUCCUUCAGAAACACAUGAUUAUUCACACUGGAGAGAAGCCUUUCACCUGCCCUCAGUGUGGAAAGAGUUUCACAAGAAAAGGAGAUCUAAAGGUUCAUCUGAGAAUUCACACUGGAGAGAAGCCUUUCACAUGCACUCAGUGUGGAAAGAGUUUCACAAUAAAGAAAACCCUUCAGAAACACAUGAUAAUUCACACUGGAGAGAAGCCUUUCACAUGCACUCAGUGUGUAAAGAGUUUCACACAAGAAGGAAACCUGAAGAUUCACCUGACAAUUCACACUGUGGAUCAGCUUUUCACAUGCCCUCAGUGUGGAAAGAGUUUUACACAAAAAAGAAGCCUUAAAGAACACAUGAGAAUUCACUCUGGAGAAAAGCCUUUCCCAUGCACUCAGUGUGGAAAGAGUUUCAUAAAUAAGGGAGAUCUAAAGAGGCACUUGAGAAUUCACACUGGAGAGAAGCCUUUCACAUGCACUCAGUGUGGAAAGAGUUUCACAAAUAAAGCAGAUCUAAAGAGGCACCUGAGAAUUCACACUGGAGAGAAGCCUUUCACAUGCACUCUGUGUGGAAAGACUUUUACACAAAAAGGAAGCCUUAACAAACAUCUGAGAAUUCACACUGGAGAGAAGCCUUUCACAUGCACUCAGUAUGGAAAGAGAUUCACAAAAAAAGGAGAUCUCAAGAGGCACCUGAGAAUUCACACCGUAGAGCAGCCUUUCACAUGCACUCAGUGUGGAAAGAGUUUCACAAUAAAGAAAGCCCUUCAGGAUCACAUGAAAAUCCACACUAAAAAGAAGCCUUUCACAUGCACUCAGUGUGGAAAGAUUUUCACAAAAAAGGCAAAUCUAAAGAGGCACCUGAGAAUUCACACUGGAGAGAAGCCUUUCGCAUGCACUCAGUGUGUAAAGAGUUUCACACAAGCAGGACACCUUAAGAAACACAUGAGAAUUCACACCGUAGAGCAGCUUUUCACCUGCCUUCAGUGUGGAAAGAGUUUCACAGAAAAGAAAAACCUUCAGGAUCUCAUGAAACUCCAUACUGAAGAGAAACCUUUCAAGUGUUCUCAUUGUGAAAAGUGUUUCAUGAUGUCAGGAAAUCUGAGAACCCAUGAGAUAAAUCACAAAGAUGAAAUUACAGAAACAACAUUAUAACUGGCAAAUAGCAGCACAAAUGGAGAUUGCACCAGUUUGAUCUUAGAGUUCUGAGCCCAGCCUAGUGUAAUCAAACCAGUUUGGUCGUGCAUGCAUUUUCACUAGCCAAAAUCCCACACCCAACAAAAAGUGAUAAAGGUUCUGGAGACUGUUACUGCAUGCAUUUCUUUGGAAAUUUUAUUUUAACAAGAAAGUAAUGAGUUUAGCAGGACAGAAGACAGUGUCCAUAAUUCAUGGAAGUCUAGACUUCAAACCCAUUCAUUCUAAAUUGUACUUGCCUUUAUGAAAGAUUACCAUUGCUCUUCCAUUGCUUAAGAGUGGCAUUUCUAAUAAUAAGUCCAAAACCACUGGUAAGACCAUAUAGUCUUUCUAAAAAAUGUAUUAUAGUAUUUUUUUAAUGAAAAAACAAAUAGUCUAAAAACUGUUUGGAUAUUAGAUAAAUGCAAGAACACUGCUUUUUACACUUCUUUUUUUUUUUUUUUUUUUUUUUUAUACUGUUUUUGCUUUUACAAGUACUGUAUAAUGUGUAUUUACUCUGAAUUAUUUACUAGAAUACUUUGCUAUACUAAACUUUACUAUGUUUAUUUUCAUUAUAUGUAACCUUACAACUAUUCCUUAUAAGUUUGAUGUAGUGUACCUUGUUUGAAAUGCUUAUGUCAUACAUUUGAAUGUUCAGAAGAUGGCUUCGAUGUAUCAGUUUUGAGCUGAAAUGAAGAAGUCUUGUGUAUGUAACAAGCGACUGGCUUCAUCAAACAGCUGUUUCUGUGUAAUAUUAAAAAGAUAAAAAGAGAGGUUUUUUUUUAACUGCUUAACACCGUUUUCUUAUAUAUUUACGUUUAGAAGUACUGUAUAUACAUGUAGUAGAAUAAAGUAAAUGUAACCAGUGAGAUAAACAUGUAGUAAACAUAAGUGUACAACAGAGGAUGGGGUAUGUAUGAAUAGUUUUACAGACAAAAUAACAGACUCUAGAGAAAGAGAUCCAUGAGAAGAAAAGUUCGUCUGGAUAAGAAACUGCAAAAGAGGGUUUUAAAGGCGCUCUCAAAGCUGCAAGUGAUGUCACCCAGAGAAUCCUUUAACUUAGAAAGAAUGCAGAGACUGACUAUAUAAAGACUGAUAAGUUGACUGAACAUGGGAUUCGACAUUGAUUUUGACUGUUUCCGCAAUGCUGUUGUUGUUCAGUUGAAAUUGUUUUUCAUAACCUUUCUAACCAUUUACAAUACCUUUUUAAUUUUAAGCAUUGUAACCAAUAAAACAGAGGUUUUG